ACCAAAAUGGCCGACCUAAGAGCCUCAAACCUACGUCACGGCACUCAGACGCAGGGCGGAAUUGGGAGCAGGUAGCGUUCUUGCCUUCACGACAAUGGAAAGCUCAGGUCCAGAAAUAUUCGGGAAGACUCUGAGGAAAUUCAGGUGGCUUCAAUCAAGACAGCUACGUUUUUCCAGAUCGCGAUGUCGUUGCGCAUGCGGAACAGGCGUUGUCGGUGGUAUCCGCCUUGCGCCUUGACGUCGCCGCCGCGCUGCGCCAUGACGCAAGGCCCGGCUGGAGACUGACUGGAGGCAGUGCAGAGCAACUGAGCAGGAUGUCGGAGCAGCUUCACAGCAUCAACCUCCAAAACUUUAGCAAGUCACUGCUGGAGACACUGAAUUCCCAGCGCCUGGGUGGCCAUUUCUGUGAUGUAACAGUGAGGAUCCACAACACAGCUCUUCGAGCACACCGCUGCGUUCUGGCUGCAGCUAGCCCUUUUUUCCACGAUAAACUUUUGCUGGGUUACAGCGAGAUCGAGGUUCCUCCCCUUGUCUCAGCCCAGACUCUACGGCGGCUGGUGGAUUUCAUGUACAGCGGCUCUCUGAUGGUCUCUCACGUGGAGGCUCUACAAAUCCUCACAGCAGCAAGUGUCCUUCAGAUUAAAACCAUCAUUGAUGAAUGUACACGCAUUAUUUCGCAAAAUGCCUCACAAAAGACUCAGGGACUCCAACCAUUAGUCAGCCAAAAGAUGGACCUUUCUGAUGAGAAAGAAGCCAUUAUUUGCCAGUCAGUCAGUGACCAGAUCCACAAAUUUUCUAUGGGUUUAAUUGAAACGGCAUUGUCACCUCAUGGAACAGAGAAAGACUUUGAUUUUGUACGCGGAGGUACAAAGAACGUGGCAACAAGUGACACAGGGUACAAAGCUGAAGAAAUUAGCCCUAAUCUGAGCAGACAAGUUCCAUCUACACGACAAAAGGGAGUUGGAGAACAGGCCAUUGCUGACCAGGAGAAUCUGUCUCUGAUGGACACUGGCCGUAACAGUGAGGUACGUGCUCUAUGGUACAACACUGCAGCCAAUCAGCGUCCAGAAAUGCCAUUGUUAGCACAAGGCAGCCACAGUCGCAAGCAGCGCCAGCCAAUCCGCCUCCAGAUGGCAGAUGGAAGUCAAGUGACCAUCAAGGAAGAAGAUGAUGAUCUCCUUUACUGUGGGGAGAGCAUCUCCAGUGCAAGUGUCUCCGAUCAAACUGCUGAGCAUAUCAACCAAAGUGAGCAAACUGAGGAUAUCUCUGAGACAAAUGCCUUUGAUCCCAAUCAAAGCACAAUGGGGGAUCGAAGAGAUUCUGCGAGUCAUUUGAGCUUGACCGGCAAAGGGGAUGAGCUGGAAUUUUUCAAUGCUAGUGAUCUCUUACCUGAGGAACUGAAGUCCUUUUGGCAUGGAGAGAAAGAGGAGAAGGAACCAUCCUUACCACAAAACCGAAAAGCAGACUGCAAGUCUCAACUUGAUGCAUCCUACCAACGGCCUUCAACAUUCAUGCAAGACUUUCUCCCAGCAUCAGCUGUGCACAACAGUCCACGAAACCAAGGCUGCUCUGUGCAGUAUGAUGUUCAGGGAGAUAAUAAUGCAGCCAGUGCUGCCAGUCACCGAAACCUCUUCCAGAUGAACGUUCCUCAGUCACCUCACCUUCCAGCUCUGCCGUCCACCUCACAGACAUGUAUACCCAGCAUUUCAGCUCAGCCAUCUUGCCAAAACCCGGCUGCGUUUCUAGAUGGAGGCCAGACAGUCCCAGCUACCUCUCAGGCCAGUCACAGUUCCAGUGAAACCGAAAAGAAGCCCUAUGGAUGUGCACAGUGUGGGAAGACAUUCAGUUCCAGACAGAAUUACGCCAAGCACAUGUUUGUCCACACAGGUGAAAAACCCCAUCAAUGCAGCGUGUGUUGGCGGUCAUUCUCGCUUAGGGACUACUUGAUAAAACAUAUGGUCACGCAUACAGGAGUGCGAGCGUACCAGUGCCCGGUGUGCAAUAAACGUUUCACACAGAAGAGCUCCUUGAAUGUGCACAUGCGGCUGCAUCGUGGUGAGAAGGCUUUCGAAUGUCACGUCUGUAACAAGCGUUUCUCUCACAAGACUUUGCUGGAAAGGCACAUGGCCACCCACAUUAUAUAAACACGUGUGUGAGGCUGAACCAAGUAAAUUCCACAUGUGCUGGAUUUACCUGGGAUAAUAUGCAUACUGAGCAGACCCACUUCAUGCACACCAGGAGGUUGUGGUCAGAGUUAUAAAUCAGCUAUACAGCAACGGUGUAAACACAGGAUGGGAUAGUUGAGAAUACAGCGCAACAUCCCCCCCACCCAACCCCCAAAUAAAGCAAGGAAGCUCCCCAGAUUGUUCAGUGAGUGUGCCAUCCAGGUGAACGGAGAGCAGAAGGAGUCAUUUUAAUUCCCAGUCUAUGUUGACGUAACUCACCUAGUCAGGAUACCGAAGUUGGCAUCUACACCAAUGGGAGGAGAACUAGCCAAGGUUCUUGUGUGUUAAUUUUGAGUAUGGACAAAAUCGGAUUUAACUCUCACAGUGAAAUAUUACACAGGUAUUUUCAACCCAGGCUUAUGUUAGGGCAGGUCUCUUGGAGCAGCACAUGGGUCGUAAAUGUCCUGCAAACCCAUUUCCAAAAAAUAGUUGAAUGAUGCUGUUAAAUUAUGCAUAGGAAUCUGACAAAAGCUAAUUGAUCAGUGAAGUAAAAGCGUUAUCAGAAUAAUCUCAGCUUUUGAGAGUUUGCAAACAGCAGUCCUGAUGAAUCUGCUCUAGUUUUAUAGCUCAUUGUGACAGCUGUUCACAUUAGAUCAAGCUCAAGUUAUAUUAUCUUACUACAUGAAUUAAAUAAUAAAUAAACAGCUAGCUAAAUCAGUCAUGCCAUAAUAUUUUAAACAUUGCAUGGAAUUUUUACUUUGUUAAUUAAUAAGAUAACUGUGGUGUUCUGAUGUGUUAGGGGAAUUACAAUUGAGAGUAAAUUUCUGCUCAGUCACACUCACCAUUUUCACCCUCUUCUCAAUUUGAUUAAAGUUGCAUCAUUUAACAGUGCCAGUGAUAAUGGGAACUGCAGAUGCUGGAGAAUUCCAAGAUAAUAAAAUGUGAGGCUGGAUGAACACAGCAGGCCAAGCAGCAUCUCUCUGAUGAAGGGUCUAGGCCCGAAA